AUGACUUCAAUAAUAAAUUUCGCUGACUACGUGGAUUCGGAAAGUUUUACAAGUCAAAAGGAAGGAUCAAAUUCUAAUAGACCAUCCAAUAGCUACAACUCAUCAUCAAAGAAACUUAGAAUUCAAAGAAGUAAUAUCGAUGAGUUCAAACCUGGUGCUAUUGUUAAGCUGAAGGUUACGAACUUUGUUACAUAUGCUUUGACCGAAUUUCAUCUCUCUCCCUCUUUAAAUAUGAUUAUAGGACCAAACGGUUCAGGAAAAUCGACGUUUGUUUGUGCAAUAUGUUUAGGGUUAGCCGGAAAGCCUGAGUACAUUGGGCGAUCAAAGAAAGUUGAAGAGUAUAUCAAAAACGGAACUGAUCAAGGGACUAUUGAGAUCACCCUCAAAAACUCAGAGCUUUUAUCUCCUAGUAGCUUCCCCAUGAUCAAUGAAAGUGAUGAUGUUGUUCACAUUAAGCGAGUAAUGGUUAGGGGUAGGAAAAAAUCCGAGUAUUUUGUGAAUAAUGUAUCAGUUGAUGAAACUGUUGUGAGAAGCUUGGUACAAUCACUAAAUAUCCAGCUGGAUAACCUUUGUCAGUUUCUUUCGCAAGAACGUGUAGAGGAGUUUGCAAAGUUAAAACCAGAUACAUUACUCAAUGAAACAAUCAGGUCAGUAGAAGCAGGACUUCUCGAAAAGUUGAACCAGUUAAAAAGUUUGCAAUUUGAGGGAGAUGAUUUGAAAAAAGAAUUAGAAUCUAAUGAAGCGAAUCUCGGGAAAUUGAUAAGUCAAAGAGAUACUCUGGAAGGUCAAGUUCAUGCACUAGAGCUCUACGAGGAAAAGACUCGCCAAUUGGAGCUACAUGAAAAAUUGCUGAAUUAUGCCUAUGUAAAAGAGCAUAAGGAAAGAAAUAAAGACCUAAAAGCCAAAUGUACAACCUUGACUAAAGAGAUAAAAAAAAUGGAGAAGGAAAAGAAACCGUAUGUUGAUCUAGGAUCAAAAUUGCGAGAAGAUGAGGAUAGAUGUAAGAUAACCCUAGAAGAACUCGACAGAGAACGAUAUUCUACGAAGGCAUCUUUUAAUCGUACAAGAGAAAAACUGAAUGCAAUCGCCAAGAAACUUCAAGAUGGCAACCAAAGGGUAAGUUACCUUAAAACCAGAAAUAAAAAUUUGAAAGAGGAAAUUAAGGAUUGUCAAGAAAAAAUCAAAACCCUAGAAGCAUCCAAAGCUGAUAUUCAACUACCAGAUCCUUCCUUGAUAGAAUCUGUAGAUAGAAAGAUAGAAGAACUUAGAGAGGGGAGAGCAAUACUUAAUGAUACCUUGACCGACGUUGAUAAUAAAAUAACCACAAUAAAAUAUAGCAUUGAAUCGGCCAAGAAAGAGUAUGCAUUAACACAGAGAUUACUUUCAGGUAAUGAUAAACUUCAUUUGUUAGAUGAAUUUGGACAGAAUAACAAUACUAUCUUUUUGGAAAUGAAAGAUGCGAUUCAAUAUGUUCGGUCAUUGCCAGACGCUAGAGGUAAGAUAUUUGAACCACCAAUACUCUCGAUAGCAGCAAAGAGUCAAACCUAUGCAGCAUAUUUGGCCUCUUGUGUGGACUUUCAUACUAGUAUGUCUCUAACAAUGUUAGAUAAGGAAACAUAUGAUCAAUUCAGUGAAGAUAUUGUCUCUAAAUUUAAGGUGAAUAUAAGAGAGGUGUCGAAUCAGACUACUGAACCUCCGAUGUCUAGAGAAGAACUGAGAAAGUAUGGAUUUGAAGGUUAUUUGGUGGACUUUAUCGACGGUGAAGAGAAUGUUAUUAGGAUGCUCUGCCAACAGCAAAAAAUACACAUGAUUCCUGUUACAAGACAGGAUUUGAGUGCUUCUCAUUUAGAGCGAUUGAAAAGACCAGAUAAUAACGGAAAUAUUCCUUUUCCGAGGUUCAUAGCAGGAAAAUAUAUUCAUACAAUCAAAAAAUCAGAAUAUGGUUCAAGACAAUCAUUUUCGUCAUCCACGGCUAUCGAUAUGAAAAAUAGGUUUUAUCUUGGGUCAGCUAUGAGUGCUACAGAAUCAAGUAGACUUAGAUCGACGAUUGAUAAUCUAACGAAUAGGAUAAAGGAUCUUGAAAAGGAACUUCGCAAAUUUAAAGAUAAGAGGGCUAGUAAAGAAAACGAACUCGCCGAUUUGAAUCAUACUAUGAAUAACUUCAAUACUCAAAAGAGUGAGCUUACAAAAGGAGCCAAAAAACUUAACCAAAUCGAUGUUAAAAUAGGUCAGUUCAAGGAAAAAAUGCAAGGUAAUACUGAGAAAUUACGUGUCGAUACUACAGAAACGAUGAAAAUGUUAGAAGAAUCGUUGAAGAAAAUGUAUGAAGAAGAGCGUGCCCUGAUUUUGGAUUUGCCUCGUUACACGGCAAGAUUACAGCAAUUAGAUGUUGAAAUGCUAACCAAAUCAAUGGAAAAGUUGGACAUUACUAUAAAAUUAAACUCAUUAUCACACGUCUGUCUUAAGCUAGAGGAGGCAUUACAACUUAAGAGAGAGGAGCGCGCAGAUGCUAUAGAAGAAUAUAAAAAUGGCAAAGACACAUCUGAUUAUAAGAAAUGGACAGAUACUAUCAAACGUUUCUCAGAAUCAGAGAAGAACAUUCUCAAUGAAAUUGCUACCAAUUACCAUGAGCAGAGCCAAUUCAACUCUGAAUAUAUUGAAAGCAUUAUAGAUAGACUAACCAGUGAAUUGUCCCUAAUUAAUAAUGAUGCGUCUGUUAUCGAAAUCUUAAAUAAGACUGUUGAAAGUAUCAAAUCUCUCGAAAAGACCAUUCCUAUUCAAAGAACAAAAAUAGGCGCUAAUGCGCAACUGAUUGAAGAUAUUAGGAGAGAGUUAGAGCCAAGUCUUGAUACAAUUAUACAACAAAUUUCUAAGAAGUUUGCUUCACUAUUCGUGUAUGUGGGAAGUGCAGGUGAAGUUAAACUCGUUAAACCAGAAAAAUUCAGCGAUUGGCGCAUCGAAAUCAGAGUAAAAUUUAGGGAUAACAGCGAAUUGCAACAGCUUAACCCCCAUAUCCAAUCUGGUGGUGAAAGAGCUGUCUCUACAGUUCUCUAUAUGAUCGCUUUGCAGCAGUUUACAUCUGCACCUUUCAGAGUUGUAGACGAAAUUAACCAAGGUAUGGAUCAAUCUAAUGAAAGAAUCGUUCACAAAAUCAUGGUUGAGAACGCAUGUGCUGCAAAUACCUCGCAAUACUUUUUAAUAACGCCAAAACUCCUAACGAAUCUAUACUAUCAUGAGAGAAUGAGGAUACAUUGCGUUUUUGCAGGUUCUUGGAUUCCAGACCCUAUAGCUAAUCCUGAAAGAGUUCAUUUUGGUGAAACCUCAUCGUACAUCUUAUGA